CCCACACCCACACCCACCCACACCCACUCACCACACCCACCCUCACCGACUCACCACACCCACACCCACCCACACCCACACCCACCCACAUCCUCAAGAAUUUUAAAAUACAAUACCGAACUAUUCUCUUAAUAUCAAAACUGAUUAUAAACAUGAGAAGUUCUAUGAAAAUAAUCAUCACCAUGAUCCUUAUCUGACGUCAAUGAAUUUUGUUUUGUUAUUAUAGUUUUGAAUUUCUAUAUUUAAUUUGAGUUUUUGUUUGAGAAGUCUGUUAGUGAAUUUCAAUCUCGCUCAUAGUGCUUAUUUUGAGAAAAGGCACGUAGAAAUACAUGGAUCAUAUAUAGUUUGCCUGUUUAAAAAACAUGAUCUAAAUUUUUUUCUUCUCUAGGAAAAAAUUAUGAAUAAGGGUUUCAUUUAUAUUACUUAUUUAUACUAAAGCAAGUAAUCGACACAAGGUUUUCUUCGUGUUUUCCAAGUUCAAAUCGAACUUCUUCAUAUCACUAAUUGUUUCAAAUGAUAAGGCAUACUAAUCAAGUUAGACCAUUUAAUGAUGAGAAUCUAACAGGAAAAACUCGUCAUUGUAAAAUAACACUCAAAGAGGUUUUAACACUUCUGGUUGGAUCUACAAUUCCUGUCGCUAUUGGUAUAUAUACAGCUGUUACAAAUGAACAAUUGCAGAAAUCAGCUCAACGUGCAGAAAAUAAACAACACAGUAUUGCUACCGAAAGACGAGCAUUUGAUUUAGAACAAGCAUUUGAACUCUAUCAGCAACAACUUUACAAGAACUUUUUAGAUGCUAUGUACAUAUUACACAGAGAUGGUGAAUUAAAUGAUUCAGCUGAACCGUGGGCAUUUGCAAAUGCACGUUAUCGUGCUGCACAGCGUGAAUUCGAUCCUAUUCGGAAUGCCCAAGCCUUAAUUUUUCUCAAGGAAAAACAAUUGAUUGGCCGUGAAAAAUGUUCAACCAAAUGUCAAUCAAAAUUAGUCAAAGAUAUUAUUCGUCUCAAUGGACUCAAUUUUGAUAAUUUAAAUUUAAGCAGUGAAACUGGUAACCUUAGUCGAUUAGAUCUCAGCUGUGUUGAAUUCGAACAAAUCUCAAUGAUAAAUACCGUAUUCUUUUAUACUAAUCUGAAUGGUGUAAUAUUUUCAAACUCACGAAUGACCGGCGCAAAAUUUCAAGGUAGUUCUUUAAGCUGUUCGCAAUUUAUAAAUACAGAAUUACAUGGAGCAAACUUUUAUGAUUCAAAUUUAAACGAUACAAUAUUCAAUAACGUCGAUUUGUCAACAGUAACUUUAUCACAAAAACAAAUGCAGGUAGCGCACUUUGCAAAUGCAAUUCUACCAAAUGGAACUAAAAUUACAUCUACGACAAUGAUAACGUCUACAACAACUGAAAAAAUAACAGCAGCAACUUCUAAUGAAACAACCGCAACACCAACUCAAGCAGCAUCAAAAACAACAACGGAAGCAAUCACUACCAAUAUAACAAGAGAUAACAAAAUUACACGUUCAUUUAUUGUAUUUAAAUGUGUAUUUUGA